GAGGCUUAAAAGAAUACUUUCCUUGUAAUCUAAAUUGCGCGGGAAAGCACAUCAUUGGUUUUGAUAGGCUUAAUUUCGCACCAGAGAAGACCGCACCGCCUCUAAUCUUACACGGGAAGUUGUAGUUUUUCUGUUAUUGCUCCAGAAAUGUCCGCGACAUGUGUAUAUCCUGAGGGGUAAAUAGCGCCACAACAAUGCGCCUCCUGGUUUCGUAGCGUGCCGCCAAACCACAAGGAUCAUUAAGGGUCCCUGUGACUGCAGGGAGGGUGCGCGGCCGUCGAUCGUGGCUUGAUUGGCGAAGCCAUGCUUGGAGGCGUGCUCCCUACUACUUGCGAUAAAGUGAUUGGCGGUGUAACGAUCUAUUGAUUGUUGACACGGCACGAAAAAGCCGUCAGGCCUGCUACGCAAUGGGUAACAAGUCUUCCGUAACCCAACCCCAGGCAAACAACUACAUUCACUGUUUGUGACCACGCGAUUGACUGAAUAGUGUGUGGAGUAAAGUGAGGUUGUGGGCGGCCAGCCAAGAGUCAGCACUGACACGAAUUCUUGUUGCGCGAAUCAGUUAGGGCUUCGAACAAAGGUUUUCCUCUCGCCCGAGGGUUCACUUCGGACCCAUCUUGCCCAAUUAUUUAAGACAUCUCGAGGAAUCAGGCCAGAGCGGAAGCCUUCAGUUUGACCAUAUCCCCUAGAGUGAGUGACUGGGUAGUGAGUCACUGAGCUUACCCGGGAGUGGUUGGCGAUUACAUGCUGAACAAACUCGUUGCGCAUCGUGAAAUAACCGCAGCGACGGAAGCGGGCGACACUCAGACCAGUACGCACCAGAGCAGCGACAGCCCGCGCCCUUCCGCGCCUGUGGCCGCAAGCCUUGUAACCGCGACUACUCCGACUCACCCGCUUACUGACAUGCUGAUUCCCACCCCUUCCACCCUAGACUCCAGGCGGUUCUCGCCGUUCGCGGACCCCGGGAAGAUGGGAGACCCACACCGCAAGGUGCACCCCCACUUCAAGGGAGACCGAGGCCUGGUGGACGCCUUGGCGGACCACCCUGGCGAACUAGUCCGUACAGACAGCCCCAACUUCGUCUGCUCCGUCCUACCGUCACACUGGCGCUGCAACAAAACGCUCCCCGUGCCUUUCAAGGUGGUGGCACUGGGGGACAUCCCGGACGGGACACUUGUCACCGUCAUGGCAGGGAACGACGAGAAUUACUCGGCGGAGCUGAGGAACAACCAGGCCGUCAUGAAGAACCAGGUGGCCCGAUUCAACGACCUACGCUUCGUGGGACGCUCUGGACGAGGAAAGAGCUUCACUCUGACGAUUACCGUGUUUACCAGCCCACCGCAAGUUGCCACCUACCACCGCGCCAUAAAAGUCACUGUCGACGGGCCGCGAGAGCCAAGAACCCGCUUCCAUACUGGUAGCUGCCCGUAUACCGACCUAGGCAUGGCCUUAAUAGGACACCGACAGAAGCUAGAAGAACAGAAGCAUGCGCUGUCUUUCUCCGAACGUCUGAGCGAGCUUGGUCUGGAGCGACUCCGACACAGCCACAUCGCCCAGCCCCUGCCUCCUGCCAUCCGCACUCCGCUCAUAGAGGCGCCGCCCGGGCACCAUCCUCCGCCUUCAGCCUACACGCCCGGAAACCCUCAGAUUCAAGCCACACAAGAUGGAGCAUCCCGGUCGCCUCCGUCGUCCUGGCCGUACCAGCCGUAUCAACCCUUCAUGGGCGCUCCCAUGCCCCCUCCCGCCAUGCCACCUCAGACGACGGCAGCGGCGACUAUCGAGCGGAUUUCUCCCGAGAUGGCGGGCCGCCUCCCGACGACCAUGCCCGAGGUCAUAUCCCAGAGGUUUCCCGGCGACAUUCCGCUCCGCUUCCCAGCCGAUUCGCAGUUCUCGUACCCGGACCUGCGGUUUUCCGACCCGAGACUCUCGGACCCCAGACUUCUGUACCCCGCGGCUGGAGCGACCGGGUUCACGGCCUACAGCAGUGGUCCCACCACCACCAUGUCCAUGCUCCCCACUAGUCUCACCAGCCCCCGGUACCUCCCCAUGUCCCCCCCGGGGUUCCCCUCUCUCACAAGUGCCCCGGGCGGAUUCGUCACCAGCCCAAACUCCCCUCCCCGGCAGCUUGGGAACUACUCCCCUGGCUCCCCUCCCUACGGCAUCUACCACCACCUCUACGGUGGGUCGUACCAAUACCCCAUUCUCCCGGGGGGCAGCGGAACGCCACAGGGGCCAAGGGAACCCAGCAUUCUCGCUGCCACGUCCAACUCUCAGACUCAAAAACCGCAGUUGUUGCCAGCACAGGAAAAGGAAGCGAGCAGCCAACCUGGCAACGGUAACCAUGGAAACAGACAGCAAGAUGAGCAAAUGGACACCCAGCCAGGGGGGUCACCAGAAAAGCGAGAGACAGUCUGGCGCCCGUACUAAUUCUGUCAUCGCACGUCCAAAAUUGAAUUCUCUGACCAAAUGAUUCCAUAAAGCUACGUGGCGCCAAGAGGGAAUUCAAACUUCCUUUUUUAUUGUGCAAAAACCAUUUGAGAGUAUUAUGCCAUUGGCAAAACUGUAUAGAGCUACCGUAUUUAUAAAGGCACAAGAUUGGUGGACAGUAUAGCACUCGUAUCAAUGACAAGUACAAGGGUGUCAGUGAAGGCAAACUGUCUUUAACGUUAGACUUUACAAAAGAGGCUAGGAUCCUCUCAACUGUCAAUUUGUCAGUCUGUCGUGUACAGUGUAUCAAAAUAAUUAUAGCCUCUACGCCGUGAUGAUUUCGAACAAGAUACCAAUCAGAAAUUUGGAGGCAGAGAAUUUAUCGUGUUGUCGUUUUCAAUCAUCAAAUGAUUUGUCGAAGACCAAACUGAUGUGUGUAUGCGUGAUUCCUAGACAAAAGAAGUAGAUGGGUGUAGGGAGCAAGUAUAGGUGCAUAGAAGGUUUCAUCAUUGUCACUUAUAUUUAAGUCGUCACUGUCAUUACUAAUUAUACAAAAUUAAUGCACAAUACUUGUUUAGUGUCACUAAUUACUCAGUAAUUGAUGAGAUUUGGAACUGACGUAUUGGGGUUACAUCUUUCACUCCUCGCAAUUUUAACAUAUUAAAGUCUUAUCUAUUUCAUGUAACAAGAUGAUUAAGUGUCCAUCCCAUAGGAACUCAUUGGAAAAACACUGAUCAAAACAAUGAAGUUGUUGCAGAGGGAGUGGACUUUGGACAGUUUAGAGUAAGAUUGUUUGUCUUGUCUUUUUAAGAUCAAAGUUUGUUUUCUAACCAAUAGAACAGUCUUUAUUUUAACUGCGAUAAUUUUCUUUAUCAAUUGAAAUGUUUACAGAUCCAGACGGUGUGUGGUUUCAAUGGGUACCGUGUGGUAGCUACUUUACAAAUGCAGUAAACAAAUCAAUGUUUUGAAUGUAGACAUGCUAAGUUAAGUCAAUGACCUAAUAAAAAAACUGGUAAGAGCUGAGAUCAAAUGCUGUGAUAUAAAAAUAUAGAAAACAAACACAAAAUAGACAGACAAGUACCGUACAUCAUAAGCUUGUUUUAACGACAUACAUAAAUAUGAACAUCUAUCAGUAAGAUUUUAAAUUCUUAGAAACCCACUAGAUUUAGGUGUUAUUGCAGUGUUGUAUGGUUUCUUUGCUGUAUCACUUGGUUAUACUAACACCAUAUACUAAAAAUGACUGUCUUUUAAAAUGUGUCUGUAUUUUCUUUACUUAUUAUUAAGCAUACAUUAAAGCUAUUGGUGUGUGCGUGUGUUAAGGAAGAGCACAUUCCACUGUUGCAUUACCACUUCCUUCAUACCAACCUUACCACCCCUAUCUCUGUAAAUACUGUGGUCCACUCACCUUAUAUUCAGACUGAACCAAACUAUCUAGAGGGGGUUCAUGUUGAACAAAUAUUAUGUGGCAACGCAUCAAUGCAAUGGGUGAAUGUGUCAGAUGGUCCAUUCUGUUUUUGUGCAAUCUUUCCUUAUUCCUUUGACUUAUAUUCCAGAUGUCUUAGUACUUAAGAAACCACAGUAUGCUCAAGAUGCAGGAUUCCCUACUGUCUUUUCUACAUAGGAGACCAACUUGCUGUAUCAACAAUAUCUUGGGUGACAUAGAGAGUUAAAACUGCUGUAUAGUGCACAAAAACCUUUAGGAAACCUGUAUGUUAAAUCGAUACAGACACAUGUACCAUUACGGUGGUGUACUUGCAUAUCUUAUAUGUUUGAUGCUAGAAAGAGAGACAAAUAAAGCUUUUAAGAUAUUUUGUAUUCGUUUUUCGUUUGCAGUAGAGUCAGAAUUGUUUGACCUUCUCAGAAUAAAGCAAAUAUUAUGUAUACCAUGAA